AAGAAGUUAUUGUCAAUCGUUCCAACGAAGAAAUGGCUGAUACCAAAUCGAACCCAAAUUCCGACGAACAACUCCUUGUUUGGCAGAGGGAACUGCCCCGCCGGUUCUUGGCCGGUGAGGUUCUCUGGGACGACGACGUAUUCAUCCCUGCAGGCGUUUCGAAGGAGCAUAGUGCUAUAUUACAGAAAGUUUACACGAAAUACUUCUCUCAGAUUUGUGAAACUGAUGGUUUCGACAUUGACAUCUAUCCGGGUAAAUCCCAGGCAGCUAUGUAUAUUCCUUAUCUGGAUUUUGAGAACGAGAAUGACUUGUUGAUGGAUCUGGCUAACCAUGCUAUUCAGGACUAUAAUGAUAACAAAAUCGAUGGUUUUGAGUAUAAGGCCGAGUAUGUUGAAAAAGUGAACUUUAUUAUGGCUGAAUGCCGUGAAUUCUUUAUCACUGUUAAAGUCAUAAAUCUCACUCUGCGUACACCUUUAGUAACUUUUCAAAUCCAUGCAUAUAAGGGGCCAAAUGAGGAGAAUGUUGUUCGUCUUUGCCGGAGAAAAUGAGUUCAGAUGAAUUGAGAAGAAGCUUGACUGGAGGCAGUUGAACUAUUGUUUUCUAAAUCUUUUUGUAACAGUCAGAUGCUGUGGAGGAAGGGUCAAAUGGAUACAUAAAUAGUUUCUCUGGCUUUGGUUAUUCUUUUGGGACGGAGAUGUAGUUUUGUUAUAGGCUUAGAUCUUACUAGACAUCGUUGGCAAAAGAGACUGGCCUUCAAUGGAAGUUUUUGAAGUGAGACAUUGAAUCAUUGUUGCAGGGUUAUAGUGUAUUGAUGUUUGAUUUUGUGUUUAGUGUUUAGUUUAACAUGAUUGACGCUUUCAACAGCAUAUUUUGGUUAAUCUCCAAUGUUGCUUUAGAAUGAUUUGUCUGUUAACCCCA